AUGCGUGGGUGCCGUGCUCCAGAGUGCACAGCUGGUGACCCUUUGAAAAAGUUGAAACUUCGGGUGCACCGUUCUCAACAAGCAUUUCUCGAAUUCAGCGUUGAGCUCUGGACUUCUCCUCUGGCCAAGGACAGUGAUCUCCAAGAUGGCGUUUUGGCAGCAGUUUCCAUGGAAACCAUGACAAAGUGGAGGCGGCUGUGGGAGCAAAAGCCUGCCUUGAACUUUGGAAGCUUCAGGGCGAUGAAUGCAAGCACCGUCGGAGCUGCCGAUUUCUGGCGGGUCACCACGAGCAGAGAGUGCGGGACCAAUGAGAUGUCACAGAGGAGUCGCUUUCCACUGAAGCUCCGACUGUGGAGCUUCAGCGUGGCGGUGGCCAUUGCAGUGUUGAGAGCUUUGUGGAGGAAAAAACUGAGAAGAUACGUGGCGUUCCUCCGCAUCUCCAGCCCCCUACGCGGCGCGGACGUGAAGUACGCCCAGCUGCUGCCGCAACAGACGUGGUACAAGACGAGGAGUGGCAGAUGGUACCGUUGGCCCAGCCUUUUGCAAAGUCUCAGCUGCUCUUGGAAUGCCGCCUGUCCCUGCUGCAAGCGCCCAUUACGUCUGGAACUCUCGGAGAAAGUGCCGCCGAAGGCCACGGUCGCACCGGAGGCCAAAGGAAAAUAUGCCUACUUGAUUUGCCUUUGGGGCAGCUCCAUGGAGUACAUCCUGGGUGCUAUGGUGCUGGGCGCGUCCAUUCGGAAGACCGGAUCCAAACACGACAGGCUCUGCCUCUUUACGGAAGAUGUGCCCAGAGAACACAUCGAGCGUCUCUCUGGGCUCUGGAAGUGCCGACGCAUCAGCCAUGUUCAGGUGCCCAUGGAAGAGCUCAGCUUUCCCGAUCGAGAAGAGCGCUUCGCCCAUGUCUUCACGAAGCUUCGAGGUUUGGGGCUCACGGAGUAUGAAAAGGUCCUGAUGAUGGACAUUGACCUUUUGGUCAGGCAGAACAUCGACGACCUCUUCAACCUCCCGGCCCCUGCCGCCUUGCGGCGUGGGAUGAACGACUGGGGUCAGAGCCGCCACGGCCGACCGAUCGAUGGCACUAGCAUCCUGUUGGGCGAGGACAAGAGUCAGCCCCGAUGGUCGUGGGGGCAGGGCACCGGAAUCAACGCCGGGGUGAUGUUGUGGCAGCCGAAUCAAGAGAUGCUGGAUGAGAUGCUGGCUGAACUCGAUGAACCGAAUCAUCCAGAGCACGUGAGGGGCAACGGGCCAGAGCAGGAUUACCUGAGCCGCACCUGGGCCGAUGCGCCGUGGACCCACAUCGGGGCCCAAUACAACUUCCAGCUGCAUCAGAUGUUCUUCGCGUUGCACCCAGACCGUGCGCAGUACGCAGAACGUGCCAAUUUGCUGGAACACCCGGAGAGGAUCAAAAUCGUGCACUACAGCGGCAAACCCACGGCAAAGCCCUGGCACCGAGUGCUGGAUCCGCGCUGGAAGGACUUUUGGCCCAGCCGCAGUAGAGAUGAAGAGUACGUGAAGCUCUUCGCAGAAGAGUUCAUGGGAUAUUGGCUCUGGAUCCUCCGCGAUGCCGAGAAAUUUCAGCUGCAGGCGGAGGGGCCCAAUGCUUCCUGGGACAUGGCACGACUUGAGCUCGGGGAGGAUGGCGAGUACUACCGAAAAGACUGGCGCGACCCGACGGUGCGGCAGCAUUUGCCCAUCCCGGCGCGCCGCGCGCAGGGCGCCAUGCAACUUCUGACUUCAGUGCUGCAGGAGUGGUUUGAUAUUUACGAGUCCUUGGAAGCAGAGCUCCCUAGUUUGAGGUACGGAGCCUUUGCCUCGCGUUUACGGCCCGGACCCGUGCGCACGCUGCGGCCUCGGCUGGAGCGCCCCGCAGCCUUGAAACGUACCUGCUGGAAGCGACAGUCACGACAGGCCUGGUGGAUGGAAGUUGAGAAACUGCCUAAGUCAAGUCAGCCCAAAGGUCCGGCAGAUGCCAAGCCUUCCAAGCUGCAAAAGGUCACGGCCUCCUGCGGCAUUUCGCCCGAGGGCGUGGCCUCCGUCUCGCUGCGCGAUUCAGAUAGCACCUUUGACGAAGAAGGUCUGGACGUGGAGGGGCUGUACAUCAAGCAUUACGGUCAGGUAGCCGCCCGACACUUCCAGAUCCACGACUUGUCACCGGAGGGCUUGGAGCCUCUGCAGCUGUGGGCCAGCACCAUACCAGAUGGAGCCAUUCUACUGAUGGCGAUGGUGGGCAUUGCUGGCGACGUCACGCCACUUCUCCACACCUUGGCGCAGUUGGGCGUGCCGCAGGAGGCACCACCGGAGCACUGCAAGGUGCUGGCGUGCGUGUCUAUGGCGGGCGAAGCCACGGAGAGAAAGGCGAUGGCCAACCACGCCUCGCCGGACGUGGCCUAUGCGUCAUUGCUCUUGGACCCGCAGCUGGAGGAAUUCCUCGAGGAGGACCUUUUUUUGAGGGAUGUCCGCGCUGAGACCUGGCAUUUCAUGAUCUGGGGUCGCCUGGGUCGCCGCCACAGUGUGGAAGCACGGAUUGAUCUUGUUCAGGGGGUGCUCCUUGUGAAUCUUCACUUUUGGCUGCUGAUUCCCACUGUCCUCCACCACCAUUCUGGCGAGUCAAUCGUGUCCGGGGCAGAGGAGCCCGCCAACCCACGGAGCCUCAUUGACAGCGCCGCCGUCGGCGCCGCUUUUAGCGACGUCGCGGUCGUAAGCGCCGAGACGGCGACGGUGACGACCGUGCCGGCAUCGACUUCGGAGACGGAGGGCAGCAACGCCACGGCCGUCGAGGCCGCUCCGGCCGUGCUGCCGCCGGCGCCGCCCAAGUUGCCGCCAUUGCAGAGGCGCUGCGCAGAUCCACGCGACAAGACUUGUAAUUUUCCACGGCGACGUUGCAAGUUGUCCCACGUGGACAUCCUCGGUAGCGAGGGCACCAAAUGUCCCCAAGACGCCUGGGUGAACGCCAUGGUCCGUGCGGAUCCCGAUCCUGACAAGGUGAUCAUGAAUGUAGGCUGCAACAAGGGCCACGACUCCAUCGCCUGGCUCCAGCGCUUUGAUCAACGUCGCUUUUGGAACCUCAGGAAAUGGACCAGCCUGAUGGCAGCCCACAAGGCCGUCUGCGCUCUGGAUACGCAGAUCCGAAAGCCACCCCCGUUCAACUCCUCCAAAGCGCCAGUGGCCCUGUGUGUCGAAGCGAUGCCUGCCACAGUGCAUUUGUUGAAGGAAGUGCGAAAGCUGGCGGGCUACAGCGUGAAGAGCAGCACCGAGGCAAAUGCUGGGUGGCUGAAGUUCUGGUGGCGCGCCAUGACAGACGUGGCGAAGCCGGGCGACACCACGGAGUUCAUUAACGCUUCGGCGGGGCAAGAGAGCGCACGCAUGGGAUUGAAAGCCAGCUACAGGCCCAAGGCUCAUCGCAUCUCCGUGCCGCUGGGCACUGCAACUGGGCGCGGAGUUUCGUUCGGUGUUUUGCGGCGCGGAUCAAGUUAG